CUUUUACUGGGACCACAAUAUGGUUCAACGUUAUUAAACCCCAUAACCUACAUAUUUUUGUGUAUGUCAUGUGAAUAGUAUAAAUAAAAAUGUGUUAAAUAAUUUAAGAAAACGUCUUAUUUGGAUUAUAAGAAGUUGUGACAAAAGGUUAUAAUCAUCAAUUACAUUAAUAGUAUAUCGUAACAAUGGAUAAUCAACAUGGAAAUCCGAGUACGGGUCACAAUGCUGCAGUUGCUAGUGACAAAAACAAUUUGAUUGAAGUAGAAAAAUGCUCUAGUGUUUCGGAACUAGCAGUUAAAAAUCCAACUGAAAAUCAGAAUGUAGAUGAUGAACCGAAAGUUACUGAUGAAGAAGAGUCAACAGUAGAUGUAAACGGGGCUUCGAAUCUUUUUAGAUCAAUAAUUGCCAAUCAAUGUGACGAUGAGCUCACAGCUGUUGAUUUAAUGAGUCCCGAUUCUGAAAAAAAUCUAAUGGAAAUCGAAAAGCUGUCCAAUCCUUUCGGAUGGACAGUAGAGAAUCAAUGCGAAAAUCCAAGUGCAGAUCAUUGUGGGUCUAGUAAUUCCUUCGAAUCAAUAGAUUAUCAAUGCAAUAACUCAGAUGAUUUAUCAAUGGCUACUGCGGAAAACGAUUCAACAAAAAUAGAAAAUUCUUCUAAUCCUACUGUAUUAACAAUAGAGAAUAAAUGCGAUAGCAACAGUUCAAAUAAUCUUCCAAAUGUUUCUGCUGAGGAAAAUUUAUCUCAAGUAGAAAUUGAUCCUAAUCCUCUUCAAUUAAUAACAGAAAACCAAACGUAUAAUCAGAACACAGACGACAAUUUAUUAAUUGCUAUCGCUAGAAGAAAUUUUAAGAAAGUCAAAAAGAUAAUCAAUUUUUUUGGAUUAUCACAUAACCCAUCAUGGUUAAAUGGAUACACUCCGCUUCGUAUUGCGAUCAGAAAAAAAUGUAAACAAAUAGCAAUAUUUCUAUUGAAUAAAAAUGCUGAAGUUAAUAGAGUUGACCAAGAACCGCACGACACUCCACUUCAUUUAGCGAUUAAUAGAAAUUAUUAUGACAUAGUUGACAUGUUAUUGAAAAAAGAAGCUGAUAUUAAUAAACUAAAUUUGUUGGGUAAAUCCCCACUGGACAUUGCAAUAGAAAGAAACGACAUAAUAAUUUUUGAAUUAUUUGUGAAAUAUAUAUCAGACACUAGUAUUACUAAUGAUAAUUAUAUAAAACUAUUGGUUAAUUUGUUUGAUAAAGAUUGUGUUGAACUUAUUGGCAAACUCUUAACUAAAUGUCUCCACAUAGACUUUGAAUCCUUGAAAAGUGCAAACUUUCUGUGUAAAGCAAUCGAAAAAGACUAUCAUCACUCGAUCAUUGAAAAUUUAUUAGCUCGUGGAGUUGAUGUUAAUUACAUUGACAGUUCAUAUUUCACAGCACAGACAUCAUUGUACAUUGCUUGUGAAAAAGGCAAUCAUCAGUUAGUGCAGCUACUCCUAAGCAAAGGAGCCGACACUAACAUCAAGCAAGUAGUUCAUUUCGAAACGGUAGUUGAAUAUUAUCCUAUUCAUAUUGCUAUUAAAGGCGGACACUACCUGACCGUAAAAACACUUCUGGAUCACGGAGCUGAUGCUAACAAGAUGUGCUUAAUGUAUGGAAAUGAAGAAUUUUCCCCAUUACACUUAGCCUGUAACUUCUGCCAAUUACAAAUCGUUACAUUACUACUAAGCAGAGGCGCUGAAAUCAAUAUAAAAAAUAAUAAAGGCUUGUCACCAAUUAGUAUUGCUGCUAAACGUGGAUACUACAAUAUUUUCAAGUAUCUGAUUAACCAUGAUAACUUUUACUUAGACUGUGACAAUGCCCGAUCAAUUUUGCAUAGCGCUGUGAAAAGUAAUUUAUCUGAAAUACUUAUGUUGGUUAUUGAUUACAUCAAUGAAUUGGAUCCUAAAGAUAAAUUGAGAUAUGAAGUCGAUACUAAUUCAAUUAGUAACUUAUCGGGCCUUCCACUUCUUCACACUGCAGCUCGUUUUGAUUCUGACCACUGCAUUGAUAUUCUUGUUCAAUUCGGUGCUUAUGUUGAUUUUAAAGAUCAAGAUGGCAGAACGCCGCUUCACUUCGCUUAUCAAUAUGGCCGACAAAAAUCUGUGGUUAGUCUCAUCAAAAAUGGCGCUAAUAUCAAUGCAAUCUGUAGGAAAGGCUACACACCUUUUGAAUAUUCACAAGUACCAGAACUCGUACGUAGUUCAUCAUACGAAGGUGAGAGUUCUGCGUAUGAUUAUGAAGAAGUUUAUCAAGUCUUAGAUGAAUAUACUCCUGAAAUAAUUAAAAGCUACUUUGCUAAUCAUAUAGCAAUGAUGAAAAUUAUAAAUUUAUAUGUCAAUGAAAAAAAUUACGAUGCGUUGAUCGCAAUCAGUAGUGAAAACGAAAAUUUAUUUCAGCAACAAAAUGAAUAUGAAAACGAAGUUGAAAAUAUGAAAAAUAAGAUAAUCAGUGGUACUAUUACGUAUUAUAAUUUUGUGAGAGCCAGUUUAAAUCAAUCAAUUAUGUAUUUAAACCACGAAAAUUUUGUAAAUACUCUAAGAAGUGGAAAUUAUAAUUCGAUGUUUCCAAAUUAUUCGAUUAUUAUUGAUGGCCGUUUUCGAAAAGCCCUUGCGAGAAAAAAAUUACUUGAUGAGGUUGAUGAAUACCCGACUUUUGAUAUUAUUCUGGAGUUACCUUAUCCCUGUGUUAGUAAAAUAAUUGAUUACUUAAGCAACGACGAUUUAAAAACUCUCAUCAAUAAAUGUAAAUUUUCAAUUAAUGACAAUGAUGAUAACAAACAAUGACAAGGACUUAUGUUUUUUAAAGUGUGGUAAAAUUAUAUGAAAAACUGGAAUUUUUCUAAUUCGAUGUAUCGAAAAUAUUCGAUAGAAAAAAUAAUUACGCAUACAUUAACUCAUUAUUUAGUGGUUAUUA